AUGCCGAACUUCAAAAUCCCGAACUUUGUCGUGGUCUUCUCGUCUCCCACUCCGUCCCCGCAAGAGUGCACCCGCGUCGAGCUCUCUGGGAACUUAUCGCACGCGGUGAGCGACGUGCCGUCGCAGUUCACCGUGCAGGUCAAGGACUCUCACGGGGCCAACUCCUCAGGAAGCAGUUGGUGGCCAUGGAAGAAGGCUGGUAUCGAGGUGGACCUACGAAUGUUGGGCUCUACGCACAACCGCUCUCUCCGCCGGGACUUUGUCGCGUCGCCGGUCGAUCUCGGCAACGGGCAGUUCCUGGUGGAAUACUUCACCAUCCAACCCGGGACGUACGAGUGGUCCGUUAAGGACUCUGUGGGGGAGCACGUGUGCGACAUCCACGGGACUUCGUGUUCUCCGUUUCAGAUGGAGGUGGUCUCCGACCGUAGCGUCGGAGCCCACUCGGUCGCGGAGGGCAUCGCACCCUUCUCGCUGAACGGGGUCUUCCAGGCGGUGGCUGGCAGCAGCCAGACGUUCCGUGUCCAGGCACGCGACAAGAACCACUUCGACCGUCUUCAAGGCGGAGACAGCGUAACCACGUUCGUUGUGCCCGUGGAACCCGCGAGGUGGGAAGAGAACCAGCGCCACGAGGGCUACGCCGGCACCGUCGUCGACAACGAGGAUGGCACCUACGACGUGUCCUACAACGCCGAGCUCGCCGGGACGUACACGUUGCAGGCGCGCAUCGGCGGCGAGAGGGUCAGCCACUGCAAGGCCAGCGUCGUCCCGACUGGCGCGGCAGCGUACCCCGCCUGUGCGUUUGAGGACCCGGUGCUCACCGUCGUACACGGCGAACUGGACGGCGCCAAGUGCACGGUGUUGGGCUUCCCCGACAAGACUCGACCCACGGUACACUCGGCAGGGAUAGCCAAGAACUUCUCUAUUGUGUCGAAGGAUUCCUUCGGAAACACGAGGUCAGACGUGUUCGUGUUGACGCUCUCCGACGACCACGGCCACGUAGUGCGGACGACAUCGGCCGUGCAGACGAUCACCGCCGCCAACGCCACGGAAGGCUCGUUUCGGCUAGAGUUCGGUGGAGCCACCUCGCGGCAGCUGUCGACCUCGGCGAGCGCGAGUGAAGUCCAGGCGACUCUGAUGGGGAUCCUGGGAGACGACACCGUCAACGUCACGGUUUCCAAGUCAAGAGUCCGCUCCGGCAGCGUGGCGUGGCGCGCGACGUUCUUGUCUCACCUCGAGGAAUGGAGCGAGAGUCCUCUGCGCGUGGCCCCCGCUGAAGAUGGCCGCACGAGCGUUUCCGUGGAGCACGAGGCUUCCAAUGGAGUGUACCCCAUCCAGUACACUCUGCGCAUCCCCGGGCGCUACGACAUGCGCAUCACGGACGUGGCGGGACAGGUAAUGAUACGACAUGCUUGCCUGUGCCUGAUGCCCCCGCCCACCCAGGUGAUCGAUGGCGGGUCUCGAGUCGUUCAAGCAACCAGCGUGCGCACUAAGGCUUCCUUGUCGACGGCAACGGGCACUGGCCUUCACGGGGGAGUUGCAGGGAAGCGCCUAAGGGUCGUCGUGCGGGCCCGUGUCAUCGCCGAUCAGCCCGAAGUGCAGGCUCUAUCGGGUUGGACAGCGGCCAUGUAUCAAAGUGACAUAAACCGAGCUCGCCUCCCUCUCUCUUUCUCCAAGGAAUCUUCUGAGCGCCUGCCCCCUUUGUGUUUUUUUCGGGACUUAGGCGAGGUGGCGGAAGCCCUCCAAGGUCUCCCCACUGCCGUGGGGACGGUCACGAGAUCGAGCGGAGACGAUUUGUCUCCUCUGUGGCUUGUUACCUUCGACGGCGACAGCAGCAGCAAGUGCUCCAACGGUGCGAGGGAGGAGGCAGAACGCGUCCACCCUUGCCCGACAUUCGAGGGCGACCACGAGGUAGAGGUAAACCAGUUUAUCGCCGUUUCGCUUCUUCGCGCGCCGCAAACGCAGAUCGAUUCACGAGAUCUGGCCACGCUGCGGUUCUCCCUGUUCGCCAACAACGGCAACACCUACACUCCGCCGUCCGACAACAUUGAUCCGGUGAUCGCGAUGCACGAGAAGCAGGAGCUGACCUGCACCAUCAACGAAUCGACCGGAACGAUGUCGAGCAACUUUGGGUUUCGGCUCAACAUGUUUGGAAUGGAUGCCUUCUUUGAGGCCCGCGGCACCAUACAGGAUCUCAGGCACCACCUCGAGAAGAUGUUGGCCACCGCCCACAACAAGCACGGUCGCGUGCAGGUUACCUCCACCUUUGGGCAACAAGCGUUGUGCGGACCGCGGGGAAACAAGGUUGUGAUAGAAUUCUCCCGCAUCAGCGGCGCCCCUCCGGAGCUCAAGAUUUCGGACUAUGUCGGCGUGUCCCACGUCUCCAUUCGCCAAGUGACGAAGGCCGUUGACUCCGUUUCGUACGUCGGGCAAGGCCGGUUUCGACAUACGUCCAGCAUUCACACGCAACCAUCUCUUUCCGCUCUCUCUCUUCCCGGCCGAACGAUUCCCAGGUACGUGAUCGAGUACACCCCGGUGCUCGCCGGGGAUUUCUCCGCCAAAGUUCUAGUCGCCGGCGCCAUGAUCCCACUGUCGGGAUCGAUGGGAGAAGUAACCAUCCUGCCGUCGUUCGCAGGCCUCAGGGGGAAACUCCAGGUGGACAAGGGGGCGGUUCAGGACUUGAAAGACUCGCGUCCAACUUUGUUUUCUGCCGAUGCACCCUUCCUUUCAAUCGAAAAGUCCGGGGUUGCUGGAGUCCAGCACCACGUCACGGUCACCCCCAGCGACGAGUACGGCAACGUCAUCGACCCGAGCAACCUGCCGCCAGGCCAACGUCUCGCGAUCCGUGUCCGGGGCUUCCCCGACCCCCGCGCCGACGUCGACAAAGAGUCGGAGUCGUUUCUGGUCGACCUUGAGACGGAGAUCGAUGGCCUCGACCUGAACGGUAACGCCAGGUUCGUGGGAUCGUUCACGCCUAUCGCUGCCGGGUGGUACGUCGUGCAGAGUGCUUUCGUUGGCCCAGGCGGGCCAUCCAAGGCGUUCUUGGACUUCGCGGAACGCGUUGGCCAGCCAGGACACCUCGAGGCGCAGGGCAUGGUGCGGACGCACCAGUUCUUCGACGACGACGUCCAACUGGCCGGCGUCCUCGUAAUGCCGGGUGACGUCUCCGCCACCCAGUCGUCCAUCGCCGGACGGGGGCUGCACGAGUGCUUCAUUGGAACGCAGGGGCCGAAUGAGUGCGCGUUCACGAUCACCUCUCGUGACGCCUUCGGGAAUAAGCGGUUCCAUACGAGGUCUGACGAGUGGCUCGCCACCGCCAACGGCAUCGCUGAGCACGGUGGACUCCCUUCUUCUGAUGCAGACGCCCAAGUCGUGAGUGAUUCCCUCAACGGUAGCUACACGGUCACCUACGUUCCUCCGAGCGAGGGAGACUAUCAGAUCGUCGUAACGCUGGGAAAUUCCUCGGCUACCUCAGCUAUCGCGCACGUGCAUGGGCCUCCAAAGCAGGUCGAACGAGCCGACGAGUUCUUCGCCCUGGUCUGCUCUCCUGACGAGGUCGUCAGCCCUGCCGACCGUGCCGACCGUGCCGACGACGACGACGACGACGACGACGACGACUACUGCGACGUCUAUGGCUUCGAUGACGAUAGCGAGAACGACAAUCUCGACGAGUACGACGACGACGACGACUUCUGCGACGACAACUACUGCGACGACGACUACGACGACGUCGAGUCGGUGUCAUGGACACAGCUCAUCUUGCAUGUGCUGUUGUUCGGCCAGGCUGUGGGCCUAGCCGUCUUGCCGUUCAGGCUGGCCUGGGAGCACGGCACUGCCAUCAUCGCGGCGACGAGGUGGACUGUCGACAGGGCGACGGGUGGCGUCGCUGCCAUCAUCGCGGCGGCGAGAUGGGUCGUCCACAAGGCGGUGCGUGGCGGUGCUGCCUUCAUCGUGGCGGCGAGGUGGGUCGUCGACAUGGCGGCACGUGCCGAUGCUGCCAUCAUCGCGGCGACGAGGUGGCUCGUCCACAGGGCGGCGCGUGACGGUGCUGCCAUCAUCGUGGCGGCGAGGUGGGUCGUCGACAUGGCGGCACGUGUCGAUGCUGCCAUCAUCGCGGCGACGAGGUGGCUCGUCUACAGGGCGGCGCGUGGCGGUGCUGCCAUCAUCGUGGUGGCGAGGCCGAUCGUCUUCAGGGCAACGACAGCUCUCCUGGCUCCAGGGAGAGUUGAACACUUGAGGCUGUUCCUCCGCUUCCUGCCCGCGAUCCCAGCGGUUGCUUGGGUAUCGCAUGCCGUGGCGAACUGGAAAGAGAGCCUUCUCCUGCUGUCCCGUCUGUGGUCUUGCCUCCGCUUCGUCUUGGACCCACUGUUCGGGGUCGUUGUGCGCACGAUCUACCCAGUUGCGCGUGUCGUCUUCGCAGUCGGGUUCGUGGCCGUGCUCGUCGUCGUCCUCGUGUUCCUCGUGCAUCGCGCUUGCUGGGGGCUCGUGGGCUACGUCGCCAACCGACAGGGACCUCUAGUUUUGGCCGAGCUGAAAAUUAACAUGUUGUUGCACGUCUCAACGCCCGACUGUGACUGGCUCACCAGCGUCGAGGCAGCGGUCAUCCACCUCCUAUGCGGGGUGCCACGACUUCGAGAUGAGCUGCUGGACUUCGAGCACCAGGACGUGUAUAAGUCCUGGUGGGCGACCAUCAAGUCGUGGUUCAUCUCGCCUCGCCAGCGGCUCGAGCGCAACUUCGUGCUGCAGCUGGCCGCCAUUGCUCGGGGCCUCUGGUACGACGAGAUCAACCCCGACAAGAUCGACCUUCAACAGGACCCGGAACCUUUCGACAAGGAUCCGUCCGGGAUUUACGUUAGAAUCAUCGAACUGGGGAACAUCGCACCCCUCGUACGCGAUCAGCACGACAUGGUGCUCCAGGUGUUCCUCCAGGCCUUGCAAAACGUGCUCCCGCUCGAGACGAUGACCUUCGUCGACUUCCGGAAGGUUCGCGCGUACUACGAGGACAACUUGGCCCUCGUGGAGCUCGACGAAGCCCCCGACCUGCUCUUUGUCGUCUUGGACGAACAGGCCAGGCACGACCGCAAGAAGCGAACGGAGCGACUGCAGGUCAUGUUGUUUGACACCGACGACGUCGUCAACUACACCCCGGCGGCCGUCCUGAACGGCUCCAUCGACGGCGACACGGUCGUUUCUCGCGUUGACCUCGACGAUGACCUCUGGUACCGCUGCACCGGAGGCAACGUCGCCUCCAAGCUCGUCCAGCUGGGGGUCGCGACCGGAACAACCGAGGACGGCAUUCCCGUAGUUCCGUGGCUGGAGGCGGCCGACAAGCCGACGGCCAUGGUUUUCCGCAAGAAGGCCACCAAAAAAGCCACCUAAAGGGCCUCCUCGUGUGUCGCGGGUAUCGGUCGGGUUUUGGGCUUCCGAUCAUUUCGUGUGAGUGUCUGUGUUGGAGUGGAGCAUGCAGAUACCCCCGGCGUCUCGACUUUGACCCCCUCCCUCGCUCAAUGGUUUUCUGGGAGCGCACACACGGCCGUAGGAACCCCGCUUUUUUUUUUUUUUUCUCACCCUGCCUUGCAGGGAUACAGAGAACCGUGCGAUCUUGUUGCUUGUGUUGAUUUGCGAUAUUCGAUGCUUUUUUGCGUUUGUGUUUUAUUUGUUCGGCGUCGCGUGUUGAGCGGGAGCGAUGGGCUCUAUGUACCCCUGUCCUUCUUCACGUUUGAUCGCACGGCUCUGUCGUUGUUGAUUUUCUACCCCAUAGUUUGACAGUCGAAGAGGUAGAGCGAGGCCGAAUCAUGCGAGCCUUGAUGCUUCUUGUGAAGAUGAAUUUAUUUUCUGAGGGGAAAAUACAACAACAUUGUAUCGCAGUAGCAGCCGUCAAGCCGCUGCAACGGUUGCGUCGCAAGGGUUUGUUUCCUUGCACUGGUUUAACCCUCACCAGACGUGAUGCGGAGACUAUGCACCUUAGUCCUAGUUGUCCACAGUAUGUACGAUGAUGUUGGGCGGAAACUCUUUGCCACUGCCGCAUUUUGAUGUUGUGGACCAACCACCCAACCGAUAUACUGUCGAUCUAUGGUUGUUUUCGCUUGGGCUUAUCAUGUCCUUGUCGAGGAGAGCAAUGGGUGUUGUUGUGCAGUUUCAGAGUGUAGAUCUGCUGGACAACACGUUUUAUCGCACGGCUCUGUUGUUGAUUUUCUACCCCAUAAUUUGAAAGUGGAAGAGGUAGCGCAAGGCCGGAUCGUUCGAGCCAUGAUGCUUCUUGUGAAGAUGGAUUUUGUGAGGGGCGAAGGCAACAGCAUUGUAGCGCAGCAGCAGCCGUCAAGCCGCUGCAACAGCUGCGCCGUAAGGGUUUGUUUCAUUGCACUGGUUUAGUUAGCCCUCACGAGACGUGGUGCGGAGACUGUGCACCUUAGCUCUAGUGUCUACGGUAUGUACGACGAUGUUCGGCGGAAACUCUUUGCCACUACCGCAUUUUGAUGUUGUGGACCAACCACGCAACCGAUGUACUGUCGAUCUAUGGUUGUUUUCGCUUGGGCUUGUCACGUCCUUGUCGAGGAUAGGAAUGGGUGUUGUUGUGCAGUUUCAGGGUGUAGAUGUGCUGGACGAUACGUUUGAUCGCACGGCAUGUUGUUGUGGUUGCCGUUGAUGUUUGUUUCACAGUGGAAGAGGUAAAGGGAGGCCGAAUCAUACGACCCUUGAUGCUUCUUGUGAAGAUGGAUUUUGUGAGGGGCGAAGGCAACAGCAUUGUAGCGCAGCAGCAGCCGUCGAGUCGCUGCAACAGUUGUGCCGUAAGGGUUUUUUUCCUUGCAUUGGGGAGGAACCAGGAAAACGCCGGUCGGCGAGGAAAAGGGCGAUGCCUCGAAAAGGGUCGUGCGGCAACUCCGAGGGGGGGGGGGGCAGAGAAGGGUAUCUACACGAGCGCGUUGUAUCACACACCGCAUGCUGCAUCAGCCGACCGACUGGCGGCAAGAAUUGAUUUUAUUGGGUUCUGUUUCCUCUUUUACUUGUGAUUUGGCACUCUGUGGCGGGUGCGGUGGCCAGACCAUGUCCGUCCCUUAUUGGGCUGCCACGGCACAGCCAAAUCUUUCCUUUUGGCUAGCGUGCAUCACGCGCGGAGUUCCUUGAGUUUUCGCGCCAUCAAUAAACAAGCAAUUAGCUGUGCUUACGGCCCAUUGUGUCGUUCAAGGAUUUCGGACUCAGCAUGUUGGUGAAAACAGGGCCAUUGUUGCCAAGCGUCAUUGCAGGGACCGGCAGGGACACGAGCUGAUGCUGCAGUGAAUGAAGAAAAAGCAAGGGCUUGGUGCGGUGUGAGGUGUUCGUGUAUAAUUCACUGGUCUGCACGCUGUAUGAAAGAUUGGCGCGUAGGAGUCUACUGAUUUUUUUUGCUUACCCUUGGUUUGAAAUAAGACCGCGGUUAGAAGUGUGCAUGGUUCGAUUCUUCGGAAAAUUCGUCAGCUAAAGUGCCGUAUGUUUUUGGUUGAUUGAGCACUCCGCACGUUGUGGGAAGAGAAGGCGCUCUUUCUCCGACACUCCUUCUAUGUUGUGUUUCAUGCCGAGUAUAUUGCGCGCGUGUUUUUCACUUCUGUGCGUCUGUCUGCAACGCCCUUCGUUUAUCCUCUGACCUUAAGAGAAAAAUGUCGUUACAGUGUGUGUGAUGGAUUCAGCACUCAUUGGAUUGGCGGUUGCACCGUAUCUUGCGACCCCCAGUGCUCUCUUUGAUGCUGCAUUUUUGUGACGAAACAGCGAGGGAAAAAGCAUCGCGUCGCUUGCGCAAAGGGUUUACAUAGAGUGAUUCUGGAGCCUUGCCUGAUGAUGUGAUGAUGGGCAGGAUGCACAUAACCAGAGGUGAAAGGUCAGUCUGAUAUUGUCGGGGUUGUUCUUUGACGAUCGGGGACGAUGCCAAGCGUCGUAGCAGUCAUUCUUUUUUUUUGUAGUAUGCUGAAGACAGAUACGUCUUUCUCCCUUUCUCUGUGGUAUUUUCUGAGGUAGAGGGGUGUCUGCCUUGCCUUGUUUGCAGUGAUGGCCUCCGUGGUCAUGUGGGGUGUGAUCUUCCCUAUUGUCGGCAUUGCCCUUUUUUUCCACGAGACUUUCGUGUUACUUCCGUUAUCCCCUGUAUCUCGUCAGCACAGAAUGAAAACGACCUCUGUGCGGCUGGCUUACUUACGUGAUCAUUACUCCUGUACCCCUGUUCGAAUGUUCCGCUUCCCGGACCAGUCCGGCAGGUUGUUUGUGUUUCGAAUUCUCGGUUCGGGUUGUUUUUUGUUUCCAUUCCCUCGAAUCGCGCCAAUUACGUUGCCGUGACUGAACAAGGUUAAGGUGGGCACGUGCCUGUCCGCUCCUUCUACCUGGCUGAUGUUGUAUUUCGUGACUAACCGCACGGAUGACGUGGUGUUGGAUGGCUUGCACACUUU